UUAUAAACGUAAUGGUGGCUGCUUGCGGCUCAUUCCAUUGCUGACAACAUUAUUUAUGAAAUCGUGUGAAAACCUUCAAAAACUAAAAUUUUGCUCGAAGAUUGUUGGAUUAAACGAUCAGCAUGAAUCAAUGUUGCUUUAUUUGCAAUGCUAAAGCAUCGGUGGCACUCAAAAAUGCCAUCACCCUGUUUGGAAAUGAUAGCACUUUACCUUCGGGGAAGAAAAUUACAGAUAUCCUAAGUGAGAUAGUUGAGAAGCCCGUCCAAAACAAGAAAGUUCAUACUGAUGUUUUAUGUAAGAAGUGCUGGAAAACUUGCUGCGAUUAUGAUACCACUCGGAUCAGAUUAGAAACAAUGAAAUCAGAAUUACUGGAACAAUUCAAAUCAUCGAUAACAGCUUACAAAUUGGAUUAUGAAAAUUAUGAAAAAAAUGAAUAUGGGACACCGCAGAAACCGAAAUCGGCUAUCGGAAAGACAUUGGUGUUGCCAGCAUCAAAAUUACAACCGAUACCACCAGAUUUGUUGCUAAAAGUUGGGAAAUUGGCGGCGUUCUCUAAACCUAAUAUUGUAUUACCACAGAUAAAGCCCACCACAGCAUCAACGUUAAACUUAAAAGUAACAGUUGGAUCAUCAGUUUUGACACAAACGAUCAAAACGACAACUGCGAAAACUAUAGAAACACAACAAAUUGAUACAAAUUCAAUAUUAAAUUCAUUAUCAAACGCUUUGAAAGAUGAUAUAGAUAGCCUAACAAGUGGCGAUGAGAAAGCCAUAAUGAGUUUUGAUGUGAACUCCUUGCCAAAAGACUUUUUAUCCGGAACCGCUUUGAGAAGGAUGAAUGAAAAAGAUAGUGGAAAAACUGAUAAAAUAUCCGAUGAUCAUACCAUGGAAAUUGAUGAAGUGGUUCCUGUAAGUUCAGCAGGUAGUGGACUUCUCUUACAAGUGGAGAGCUUACAACCCCCUCCAAGGCCUGAAGGGACCCAUUAUCUGGACAUAGAACCCCUAGAGGGGGGUAACCCAGACCCCCAUAAAUUUAUAUUUGGCAAGCUACAGAUGCUGAAUGAACAAGAAGAAGAAGAUGAUGAUGAUGAUGAGGAUGAAGAAGGCCACACAAUAGUAGUGGACAGCGAGAAUGGUUCGAUACUGCGAAUGGUGACUGGCCAGAAGUUUAUAUACGAGGGCGGCGAGAUAUCACUCGUCGUGCCCGACGACGACCAGGCAGACGCCGGGGACACGCACGACCACGCUGACAGCCAAGCAGAUUCCAACGACGAGUCUCAGAUAGAGCUGCAAGUGUCGGGUGACGAGGAAACUGCGAACGCCAUCAUAGCCGCCGCGCAGGAAAAAGGUGGAGCAUUCAUAAAGGUGGAGUCUGGCGAGAUGUUCCGCGUGAAGUCAGUGAGUAGCUCGGCGCGGCCCACCACUCCGCUGCAGAUAGUCGCUCCGCAUGACGACAAGUUCAAGUGUCUACUCUGUGAGAAGAAUGGUUCAGAAAAAGAAAUGAUAAGUGAAGCAGACGCGAUGAUGCGGCAUUUGAAGACAGUUCACGACGCGCGCCUGUAUCUGUGCCGGUUCUGCGGGGUUGUUAUGAGGAAACGCACCGAAUAUGCCUCACAUAUAGCGGAGCACGUGUCGGAGGGCAAGUCCCCGGCGGGCGGCGGGCGCGGCGCGCACCGCUGCACCACGUGCGGCAAGUGGUUCGCCAGCCGCGGCCUGCUGCGGGACCAUCUCAACGUGCACGUCGGCGCCAGGCCCCACGUCUGUACCGUCUGCCACAAGGCCUUCGCGUCCAAGUACACGCACCAGGCACAUCUCAAGACUCAUGCGGUAAGUAUAAACAACGUGCUCGUCGGCGCCAGGCCCCACGUCUGUACCGUCUGCCACAAGGCCUUCGCGUCCAAGUACACGCACCAGGCACAUCUCAAGACUCAUGCGGUUCGACCUCGUCCGUUUAAAUGCAGUCAGUGCGGCAAAUCAUUCCUUACUCAACAAAAUCUCAACCAACACGAGAAAACACAUUCCGGGAUCAAAGACUUCGUCUGUAAUAUAUGCAACAAAGCAUUCAGUACACAACACAACCUAGAAGUGCACGGCGUGGUCCACUCGGGUAACAAGGCGUUCGUAUGCACACACUGCGGGAAGGCAUUCGCCAGGAGGGCGGAGCUCAGGGACCAUACUCGGAUACAUACUGGCGAGCGUCCGUUCUCGUGCGAGUUGUGCGGCGCUCGCUUCACCCAGCGCUCGAACCUGCACUCGCACCGCCGCGCCACGCACUACGACGACAAACGAUACCAAUGUGAACUCUGUCCCAAGAAGUUUAAACGGAGGAGGUUGUUGGAGUACCACACCAAGGCGAGCCACACGGGCGAGCGGCCGCUGAAGUGCGGCGUGUGCCAGCUGUCCUUCGUCUACCCCGAGCACUACAAGAAGCACGUCCGCAUACACUCCGGCGAGCGGCCCUACGUCUGCGAGAUUUGCGGCAAAUCGUUCAAUUCUCGCGACAAUCGCAACACGCAUCGCUUCGUCCACAGCGACAAGAAGCCGUACGAGUGCGUCGCCUGCGGGGCCGGGUACAUGAGGAAACAACUACUGUACGCACACAUGAACACUAGCGGACACUUGGCGGAGUCCAUAGUGGUCAAUCAACCGAGAGUCAUUAAGGUUACUGAAAAUGGAACAAGUUCACACGCUACCGAUAUAACUGAUCACGAUACAAAAACUAAUAAAUUCGAUGCGAUAUUUGAAUCACAGGCUGAAUUGGAGGCUAGUAUCAAAUCAGUCAAAUCCGAAGCGGAGGUGAAUUUAGGAGAUGCAAAGUUUUAUAUAACUGAAGACAAGAAAUUGAUCUUACAGGACAGCGGUGGUGAUAAAACAUUGAAUUUAAUACAAGAAGGAGAUGAAUCCACGCUUUUAACUAUACAUAAUCUAGGAGAGAGGGCCGACGCAACUAUUUUGGAAGCCGUCAACGCCGAUCAAUUGGCGGAUCAGACUGAAAUCGUAGCUAACGAUGAAAACGGCGGUGUGGUACGUCUUAUACAGAUCAAGUUACCGGACGGAAACAACGGAUGGGUCGCCAUCAACCGCUGAACUAUCUGCCGGACAUAGGACCCUGCCAAACACCGGCCAAUUAUAAGCCAAACUACUAAUACAAGUGAUAUAUCAAUUACUAUAAGUACCUAUUUAUUUCAGAAAUAGGCUAUGAAAUUAUACUUUAAAAAUAAAACGUUGCCCCAUACUUUAUU